AGCCUGAUGUGCUGCUCAGUACUUUGCUGAUGGCAGAGGGGAUAUCACAUGGAAAAAGCCAAUGAGACCUCCCCUGUGAUGGGGUUCACUCUCCUGGGGCUCUCUGCCCACCCAGAGCUGGAAAAGACAUUCUUCGUGCUCAUCCUGCUAAUGUACCUGGUGAUCCUGCUGGGCAACGGGGUCCUCAUCCUGGUGACCAUCCUUGACUCCCGCCUGCACACACCCAUGUACUUCUUCCUGGGGAACCUUUCCUUCCUGGACAUCUGCUUCACUACCUCCUCAGUCCCACUGGUCCUGGACAGCUUUUUGACUCCCCAGGAAACCAUCUCCUUCUCAGCCUGUGCUGUGCAGAUGGCACUCUCCUUUGCCAUGGCAGGAACAGAGUGCUUGCUCCUGAGUGUGAUGGCGUUUGAUCGCUAUGUGGCCAUCUGCAACCCCCUUAGGUACCCUGUGAUCAUGAGCAAGGCUGCCUAUGUGCCCAUGGCUGCCAGCUCCUGGGCUAUUGGUGGUGCUGCUUCCGUGGUACACACAUCCUUGGCAAUUCAGCUGCCCUUCUGUGGGAACAACAUCAUCAACCACUUCACUUGUGAGAUUCUGGCUGUUCUCAAGUUGGCCUGUGCUGACAUUUCCAUCAAUGUGAUCAGCAUGGAGGUGACCAAUGUGAUCUUCCUGGGAGUCCCGGUUCUGUUCAUCUCUUUCUCCUAUGUCUUCAUCAUCGCCACCAUCCUGAGGAUCCCCUCAGCUGAGGGGAGGAGAAAGGCCUUCUCCACCUGCUCUGCGCACCUCACUGUGGUGAUUGUCUUCUAUGGGACCUUAUUCUUCAUGUAUGGGAAGCCCAAGUCUAAGGACUCCAUGGGAGCAGACAAAGAGGAUCUUUCAGACAAACUCAUCCCUCUUUUCUAUGGGGUGGUGACCCCCAUGCUCAACCCCAUCAUCUACAGCCUAAGGAACAAGGACGUGAAGGCCGCUGUGAGGAGCCUGCUGAGACCAAAAGGCUUCACUCAGUGAUGGUGGAGGGGUCCUCUGUGAUUGU